AGCGCAAUAUGAUCAUGUGCGGAUAUGGUUCCGCACCGACACCACUAUACCUGCCAGCGGCUCGCCACAUAACUAUAGAUGUUAGUGUUACCCAUACGUAGCCGUCACUGUGCUGUUCAUCGCAUUCAUGAAUACAAUUCUCCAGAUUCGAAGCUGAUUUGAACAAAUUAACUCUGAAAGAUAACAGAAAAUAGAAUACAAGCCACGGACAUCUAUUCAUUGUGUGCUGGAAAGACAGUUGGUUGGUAAUAAUAAUUGGUUGUUACACAUAGCCGAGGCCGAGCGAACGGGAGGUACCGAUAUACUAGCCCGGUAGGAUCGGCUAAGUUUUCCAUGGUUUCACGCUUAACACGAACGACAACUGUUUUGCACGUCGAAAGUCUCUUCAUUCAUUCCGCAGUCUCCUCGUGAAAGAUCACAUUUAAUGGUAGUUUUCGCCCGAUAUUGACGGGAACCUCAAUCAGAUCAGUUUUCUGAAGAUGCACACGUGUUUAAUUGGGUAAAUCCAUCAACGAGCGCAAUCUACGAUGUCUCUCUUCACACCGAUCACCAACCUAAGACUAGGAGGGAGUACCCCCAUCGCUCCCGACAACCAAGCAGUCUACAUCACAGAGGUGGAUGCUCAGAAAAGGUUUGCACGAUGUGGAGAGCCAUUGAUAGCGAUGGUAUGCUCAGAUCAUACUAUCAAACUGGUUGGCAAGGAAACCAUGUCAUCAGCAGGUCAACUCAAAGGUCAUGGUGGUCCAGUAUCAGGCGUAAAGUUUGCACAUAGAAACCCAUUCACAGUAUUCUCAUCAUCCCGAGAUGGUACAGUCAGAUGUUGGGACACAAGGAUGAAAAGAAACAAAGCUCCUCAAGUAUUCACAGGUUAUGAAGGGAAUUCUUUUACAAGCUUUGACAUCAACUCAACUGAUGACAUUUUAAGUGCGGGUACAGAGGCAGUAGACAAUGAUGCAUAUCUCAUGUUUUGGGAUAGAAGAAGUACCAAUCUUCUUGGUACAUACAAGGAAUCACACUCAGAUGAUAUUACGCAGAAAAAUCCAUUUGUCAUACAACAGGUCAAAUUUCACCCCACCAAAUCAUCAAGUUUAGCCACAGGAUCAACUGAUGGUCUUGUAUGUGUGUUUGAUACCAGUCAAACGAAUGAAGAAGAUGCACUUGUUACAACUCUCAACUCAGAAUCAUCAGUGAGUCACAUUGAUUGGUGUGGUACAAACAGUGAAUAUCUCUACUGCUUGACUCAUACGGAAACCAUUCGGAUCUUUGAUGCUGUUGAGUCUUCAGAAAUUACCAAGUUUGAUUCAGUAAGAGAAUCAUUGAAGGAGGAUCGGUGUAAAGUGGACUAUCUGGUUGAUUGUUUCUAUCAUUCAGGUCUCAAGUCCUUAGUAGUACUUGGAGGAACAGUGGGCGGAGAUUUACAUCUGCUGACAGUGGGGAAAGACAGACUUCAUUUUGUUCAUUCACUCAAAGGAACUCACAAAGGAGUUGUGAGGUGCCUUCAUUGGGAUAAUCAAACGGAAACAUUGGUCACGGGAGGAGAAGAUUCCAUUGUAUCGGCAUGGCAACCCGAUAGGAAUGCCAAUCAGUCAUCUUCAAAGAAGGGAUCACCAGCUCAAACAAGUAGGAUCCGGCAAGGCAGGAGAGCAGAGAAGAGAGGGUCACCAGUCAAGAGCCAACCAGAGAAAAUUGCCAAAAGACUGCAGAGGAUGAAAAUACAGCAUGGAUCAAAACCCUAUUCACCCUAAACUGAAAUUAAACACAAUGCUUUUCACUCGAUCUUAUAUAUGUCGUUAUGUCAACUCUGUGAUUGCUUUGUACAUGCUUCUUUGUGUAUUGUAACAUGUUCGUUGGAAAGUAAAGGAAUGUGCAAUUUGAAAUGACUCAUUUUUAAUCCAUCUUCAAUAGGCUUCCUCACAGUGAAAAAAAAAUGGAAAUAAUUCCUAUGAGAUUGCUUUUGCCAGGCACAUGAUUGUCUCGUCAAUAUUAAAAUUAGAUUUCAGUGUUGGUUGCAUGUAUGUAUGUAUGUAGGGACAUGUAUAUCUCUGUAAUUGUAUAAAUGUGUGUAGCGUCUAUAGAUAUCUAUAUUUGAAAGUAUGUUUACUGAUAUGUAUUGAUUGUUCUAAUGUUCUUCAUGUGAGUAAGGCAUCCGUUUGUUUUACCUAAGGUUCUAAUUGAUCAUGAUCAGAGAGAGAUAUAUUCAAUCUUAUUAUAGAUACAUGUAAAGGGGUAGCCUUAAUAACACAAAUAACAAUGAGAUGUGGCCCUGUAGUGGUUUUUCACUUUUAACAAGGAGUUUUGGCAGAUAUCAAUUUUACAUGGUGCAUCUUCUGUGAGAUUAUAUUACUGGAUACCUCCAAGUAAAUCAAUCGCUUAACAAUAUUAUUUCUUUAAGGAGGCUUUGCAAGUUGAAAUACGCUCUCAAUUAACAUAAAAGUGACUUGUGAGUAAACUACUCAACGCACCCAUACGGGCUUGCUUAAUAUAGGGCUGGAAACGUGGGAUUUCUGUAUUUUCUUCAUACUUCUUAUCUGUUAGCCCAUAGAAAGCCAGGUGAACUUGUAGUUGCAUACACAGUAUCUAAAUUUCAAGGAAUCAACAAUCUUCCUUGGAGAAGAAAAGCUAAAUCAGCUCAGAAUCGUAGUGACGUCACACCAGUUGUGCGAUUAUCUAUGAUUUGAGGCCGAUUCGGCUUUUAUUCUGAUAUGAAAGAGGUAAAUGCACCAAAUUCCGGCCAUUAAUACUCUUGUCAUUAUUUGUUCAGAAUUAGUUGUUUGGCAUAUAGGGCUGAUCUUAUUAGUACCAUGUGUGAUACAUUUAGCAGGAGUCUCUGUUUAAUUCUGUGACUGUCUUCUGGCAGUGUGUAGUAAAGUGGUACAGGUUUCAUUUUGUUUGUUAAUGAUUACAUGCUUGAUAUACUACAGGGCUGGACACAGUGCUGUUGGAGUUGCUUUCAGUUCAUCUUAAGUCCUGCACGUAACAAACCUAAGGGUGUGAUAACUGGUCAACCUGUCUAGUCCUGGACUAACAGAUACAAGAUUCUGAUCACUGGACAUCCUUACUAGUUCUUCAGAAGUCCUGGACCAGGUAAACAUAAUGGUGUGAUUGCUGGACAACCUGUCUAGACCUGGACUAACAGAUGCAAGAGUGAUCGUAGGACAUCUUUUGUAGUUCUUCAGAAGUCCUGGAUCAAACCAAGACAGAAACUGGACCAAACAAACACAAGAGUGAUCGGCUAGACAAUCUAGUUCUUGACGAGUCCAGGACCAAAGAAACCUAAGAUUGAGGUAACAGAACAGUCUCUCUAGUUCAUCAGAAGUCCUGGUCCUAGCAAAUAGAAGGAUGUGAUGCCAUGUAAUGUGUCCUGUGCGACAUAUCUAUUUUCCUGUUAUGUCACACACUAAGAAGAUUUCUCAAUAAGACCGUUACAAAUGGUUGUUUUCUUGUAUCACAGACAGUAUUCACUGGUUACAUCUAGAUAAUAUUCAGAUUUGGAUGAAAUAGAUAGAAAUAAUACAGAUUUUAUUCUUGACACAUUGCAUGGAAUCAAUCAAGGGUGAGUUAGCCAAACAGUCUGUUUUCUUCUUCGGAAGUCCUGCAAACUAUUUCUUGGAAGAUCUUUAAGCGCAAGAAAUUUGUUUUGAAAUCAGAAGAUACCGUACUGAUCUAUAAUGUAAUAGAGAGUAAAGGCAACAAUAAUCUUGUGCUGCAAAUAUUUGCUAUCGUUUCUUAUUAAUUAUGACAGUAUAUUUGAAUUAUCACUACAAUAUAUAUUGAAUUUAGCAGAGCUGUUUAAUCUUAUAUAUCCAGGAUAUUUCAGUUGUGUGUUUUGUUUUACAGAUAAAGGGAGUUCCAUUGAUUUAUGCAAAGCAUUUAUUUCAAUAAAACAUCAUUUUCAAAAUGCUCGCACUUGGGCCUCUGACAGCUUAACUUUCUGUUUUGUCAAAAUUAACAAUUUAUUGAUAAAAAAGAGUUUUAGGUCAUUAUCUACGAUUUAAGAACCACAUGAUUCCUAAAUAUCUACAAUAAACACUCUUUCAAUACUACCAUAAUGACAAUUUUUUUCCCGGAUAUUUUGUAUAAAGUUGUAUGAUUUGUAUUUCUUUAACCCCACCCCUGUUAAAAAUAAGUUUCUUUCUAUUCACCCUAAAAUUACAAUUAAUACCUUAAUUCAAGAAUUUUCAUUUUGCCACUCUGUUUCAUUACUAUUCGUUGUUUGUCUUUUUUUUAUAUACAAUCUAUGUGAUUCAUUGAAAGAGUGUAUUUAUUAUGCUAGCCAGCUGAUUUGUGUAAAAUGUGCUGUUGAUAUGAUACAGCGUUGUAUAAUUUUAUGUUAUAAUAUUUGUUUUUUAUUUGGGUAAUGAUUUAAUAAUGAUAUCUUUCCCAAUUCACUUGUGUGUGAUGACUGUUUUCAAUCUAUGGUUGGAUGUCCAUUUUAAACUAUAAGUGAUUCAUCCUUUCUACCGAUGUCAGAAAUUAAGUUUUUACAACCAAUUGUUUUUUAUCUAUUGCAUCUGAGCAAUAAAGACCCAGUAAUAAUCAUUAUGUCAUAUGUUUUUGUCAUAUGAAUGACUACAUGUAUGAGGGGUUGUGAGUUGUCCUAUUUUAAAUCCCGAGCAGUAUGAUAGCUUGAUAUUACAGUGAACUUCAGUGAAUCAUGUUCAUGUCAAUAUACCCCCCCCCCCCCCAUCACCCCUCCCUGGGUGCAAGAAAACAAGGAUAACAACUUUAGAGAGGAGGAGGAGGAGGAGGAGGCGGUUAGAUCGUCUUCUUUUCAUACUCCUCCCUUUUCUCCAUUUCAAUCUCUCUUUCAAUCUCUCUUUCUGUGCCCCUCAGCUAUUGCACUGACUGAAACUAAUCAGAUUUUAAAGCCCUACAUGAUUUUAUCAAAUAACAUUUUGUUAAUUCUGGGGUUUUGUUUGUAUUUCAUUGUUUUUUUUAUAAAUUUGCUGCAUUACAAGAAAUAUAUAAUUUCGUGAAUCAAUGCAAAUACUGUAGUGCUUACAUUUUCUCUUCUUCACAAAUGUUUUUUGUAGUUAUUCCUAUUUUCUGGUUUAUCUACUACAUGUAUAUUUGAAUUAUGGUCCUUCAUGGAAUAUUGUAUAUCACUUGAAAUCAGUAGGUCUUCCAGUAAAUAGGAAGAUGUUAUUGUACUGCAAGAAACUGCGUGAAUAAUCACUAUGCUUGAGAAAGUCCACAUGAGUGGAUGAAAGCUUGCCUUCUAAAUGUUAAGGUUGGUAGAAGCUGAAACUACCUGUUAUAUUAUGAUUAUCCCCAACCAAUGCAGGUUUUCUGUUCUUGUGCUGUGUGAGCAUUAUAGGAAUGCAGUAUCUCCAUGGUUGAGAUUCGCAAUGUCAAUACUCGUAAUAAGUCAAUGAUUACAUUCUAUGGGUUAGUGUUUGAAGGCAGGGUAUUCUAAUCAAACUGCUUCAGAUUUAUGUGUGCUGCCAUCUGCUGCUCACAAUGUCCUGAUGUAUCAACAGCCUUGUCCCACAAUGCAUCACCAACCAUUGACACAUGGGAUGAUGCUUGGGUACUGGACCCGGCCAGAAAUCGCUCCAUGUACGCCUUCAUCGAAAGGAGGCGCAAUUGAAAAUACAUUACAGUAGUGGUAGCGAUGUCGGUAAAACACCCUGCCUUUAAGACCUUUCUAAUAUCAACCUGGUAGAUUAAGUCUUUCAUCUGAUGGCAAGAAAUGAGAUAUGGACAGCUUGGAUUGGUAGUCUUAAGAACACAGCAUAUAGUUACAAUCCUGUUAUUUGAUUACUUCUUACAAUUGACACCCCCCCCCCCCCCCCCUCCCCCCCCCCCCCCCCCCCCCCAUAAAAUAGUGUCUGAAUGUGAAAUUAAUGUGUCAUGAGCUUAAUCCUUUUCAAAAUUAUCAGAAAUAUAAUAUAUAAUUUUUUAUACCCAUUUUUACCUUUUCCUUGCAGAGGCCCUUCCUCAAAUCAUUAUAAAGGGGAUAGAAAGUGGUGAAUCUUUUGAGAAUAAAAUUCUAGUCAUUCAUUUAAAUAUUGAAAAUUGAUAUUUUCUGUAUUUUUAGUUUGGAGGUUGCAGCCUGUUUGUAUGUGUUACUUUCUAGAUCCACAUGCCCAUUAUGACCAGUAUGUGUAUACAUGAUCCAGUCAAUGAUGUAUGUAGUGGGAAAACUUAUUCUCAAAGAAAAUCAAACAUGUACAGAUGUAAGUAAUGUUAUCUAUUUUGAUUUUAUAUAUUCAUAUAUACAUGUAAAGAAACAAAUAAUCAUGUAUUUGAUAGUAUAGAGAGAAUAUUAUACAUGUACAUUAUACAUAUAAACUUGUAUGCAAGAAAAUCAAUAUUUGUAUUAUGCAUAUCGACUACAUGUAUAUUGCAUGCAGAUGAUAUAGCACUGUUUUUAUUAUGAUUUAUUCUAUUUUCAUUCUUUAAUCAUUCAAACCCUCUGAGCCUGGUCAUACCUCACCAAUUACGAUAACUCUAAUGAUAAAUUGUUCCCAAAUUGCUCCCCUGUCGUUCAUGUAAAAAUGAAAACCGGUAGGCCAUUUGUUAUGUUAUCAAAUUUAAUGCAUACAUUUUUUUGAAAUGUCUCGGUAGAAAUUAUUUUAUUCAACUGUAACAAGUAAUUGUCUUUCAACAGUCAUCGUGUUUUUAGAUAGGGAAAGCAAAAAUGUUUGUUCUACUUAGCUGCAAAUAAUGAAUGCCAUUCUGACUAUUGAAAUACAAUUUUUUGUAUCAGGUGAAUGAAAUAAUUUGUACCAAGGCAUUCACUUGACAACGAGGUAUGAAUUAAAUUUGGUUACAUUAUGAAAAUGUCCGAUUGAAAAUCGUUGUUAUAGGUCAGUCCUCAACAAUAUAUGCAAAUGAGCCUCCUUCAAGGGGUUUAUCUUCUUGUGGGGCUUGCUCGACCACCAACGUUUUUUAGGACAGACCCCAUAGAUUAAAUCUACGAGACAAUAAUUGCAAUCUUUUGAUGUUACAUCGGUGACAGAUACAUUUUAAAGUGUCCAUUGUGUUAGGUAUAACCAACAAUGUUACCAUUUCGAAAGCCUGACCUCUCUUAUUGUUAUUUAUGCAUUAUAUGAGCAUAUCGUUUAUCAUUGUUGUAUUGGUGAGGUCUGGCCAAGCAUUCGGAGUUACUAGUAUCUUCCAUGUCUUCUCUCUUUAUCUGUCUCUUCUCUCUGUCUCUCUCUCUCUCUCUCUCUCUCUCUCUUUCUGUCUCUUUCUUUCUUUCUCUUUUUUUUUCUUUCUCCCUCUUCCCUCUGCAUCUCUUUUCUUUGUUGUACCCCCCCCCCUCUCUUUCUCUCUUUCUCUCUUUCUCACACACCCUCUUUCAAUCUAUGACUACAUUUUGAAUAGUUUUGUAAAGCCCUUAUUUGAAUCUACCAUUAAAUAAAAGAAAUAGAAUGAUGAAAGUUUGAAAUAUGGGAUCACCAAAUAUAUGCAAAUCUCAACUUGGUAAUAUGGUCAGCAUAUUGUGAUGUAGUCACUGACAACUUUCCCGUUUGUACUGGUAUGUAAACAAAAUAUCACUAAUUUCUGUUUUUCUCCUUGGUGCCUUCUUCCUUAGGGCACUGCUCAAAACAUAUUAUGGACAGCAUAUUAUAUUCUAGGUCCUCGAAAAGAAAAGACCCACCUGAGUCAUACAAUUUGAAAAGAAUUGACAUUAUAAUCAUUACGUGUGUUGGAACAAACUGGAAAGUUGUCGGUCACUAAGCCGUUUCUAAGUCACAAUGACAUUACCAUUUCAGCCAAUUUGAAGUCCCAAUAUGUAUAGUGAUUACCACUUUCAACAAUUCUUAACUUUCUUGUUUUGGUUCGAUUUCAUUAAAACUUUCACCAUCUGCUUCUUUGAUUUUACUGUAGUCUUUUAGAGCAGAUGUCUAUUAAGGUUUGAUUACAAAGUCCCUUGGAUAGGACUGUAAGCCAGAGGUCCCCAGGUUGCUUUUCUUAGAGGGCAUUCUUACUCUUGUGAAAGUUGAUAAUUGAUUUCUUGUGUAUUUCUCUUCAUUUUGCUUUAAUUAUGUGAGUUUAUGUAAAAAGAAGCACAUGUUAUUCAAAUAAGAACAUAUGUGUAUUUUGAAAUAAACUAUGAAAUCCA